AUGAACGUGAAGGGCGGCGGCCGGAUUCCGGUGCCCCCGCCGGGGGCCUGCGCGCUGGUCAAGGUGGCCGUGCUCGGCGGCGCCGCCGUCUACGCCGCCAUGAACAGCCUCUACAACGUCGAGGGUGGCCACCGCGCCAUCGUCUUCAACCGCAUCCAGGGCAUCAAGGACAAGGUAUACCCUGAAGGGACUCACUUUAUGAUUCCAUGGUUUGAACGGCCAAUCAUUUAUGAUGUCCGUGCUCGGCCGAAUCUUGUUGAGAGUACUUCUGGGAGCCGGGAUCUUCAGAUGGUGAAAAUUGGUCUCCGUGUCCUCACAAGGCCUAUGCCAGAGAGUCUACCACAUAUCUACCGAACUUUGGGGGAGAACUUCAAUGAGAGAGUUUUGCCUUCAAUCAUCCAUGAGACACUGAAAGCUGUUGUUGCUCAAUACAAUGCUAGUCAGCUGAUCACACAGAGAGAGGAGUUUACUCACGCCAUUGAAGCCAAGCAGGUUGCUGCGCAGGAAGCUGAGCGUGCUAAGUUUAUUGUCGAGAAAGCUGAGCAAGAUAAGAGAAGUGCAAUUAUCAGGGCUCAGGGAGAGGCUAAGAGUGCGGAGCUGAUUGGUCAAGCCAUCGCGAACCACCCUGCCUUCCUUGCCCUACGGCAGAUUGAAGCUGCAAGGGAGAUCUCACACACGAUCUCGGCCUCUGCCAACAAGGUGUUCCUGGACUCCAACGACCUGCUGCUCAACCUCCAGCAGCUGAAUGUAUCGAGCAAGCAGAAGAAAUGA